AUGGAAUAUUCGUGUACCAGACUUAGUGAUUUACCGGAUGAAAUUCUUAUGAUGAUCUGUCGAAAUCUGAACAAUUUCGAUGUACAUUAUUCUUUCGAAGGUAUCAAUCUACGAUUCGAUAGAAUUGUUCAUGAUUCACUUUUUACAAGUCGUCUGAGCUUUGUUACAUGGAUGCCAUAUGAUUUCAUUGGCCUAUUAAAUUGCGAUGUGAUACUUAAUCGAUACUGUUUACAAAUCUUACCUGAUAUCCAUGAUAAAGUUAAACGGUUGGAUCUUGAAACGUCAUCCAUGAGACAAGUUUUACGUGCUGCAGAUUAUUCAAUUUUAAACAGUCUUGCGCUCUACAAUAUUACUGAAAAGUCAAUUCAUUAUCUUUCUGUCAAUGAAACACUUUCUUAUCUCAAGAAUCAAAUAACAACACUAACUCUUUCAAUUGAUGGUUAUGAUGGAGACUGUGGAAGGUUGGAGUCAAUUGCGAACAUAUUUAAUUCUAUCUUCGUAGUGUUUCCACGUUUGACUACCUUAACACUACAUGAAUCAUCGUAUUCAAAUCGUGCACGAUUAGAUUUUGCUGAUUUACUACUUCCUGACUUUCGUUCUACAACUCUUCGACAAUUGACUCUCAAUGUUCAAUGUUUUGAUGACUGUCUUCGUGUUCUGGAUGGUCGUUUUAGUCGUCUGCAUACGCUUUGUGUCGAUUUAACCAACCUUCAUUCGUCACAUGAAAUUCAAAGUCGAAUUAGUUGUGAUGAUUUGCCGAAUCUAAAACGUUUCUCUAUCUCCUGCAAUCUUGUUACGUGCGAUUAUGAUAUUCGAAUUUUGCCGCUUUUGCGUAGAAUGUUUAAUCUGGAGGAACUCUCUUUAUGUCUUACGGUCUGGCAAGGCAGCACAUAUAUUGAUGGAAACAAGUUGAAGAAAGAUAUUAUUGAUCAUAUGUCACAAUUAAAUCGAUUUUCAUUUUCUAUUGAUUCAUUUAUUAUUACUCCCAAACAGAUCGAUCUUCCGUCAGCGGAAGAUAUUCAACGUACGUUUGUUGACUUUUCAAAUACUAAAGUUAUUUCUUGUGUCGAUUAUUUUCCGGAAGCAAACCAAGCUCGAUGUCUUUGUUAUUCUUAUCCACCUUUGACGCAAUAUUGUGGUGUUAUUACGAACAAUUUUCUUGGUGGAUUAUUCAUUAAUGUCCGUCUUGUGUCAUUGUUUGACGAACGCCCAUUUGAACAUGAAUUUUUUAACGAAAUUCGAAAAUCAUUUCCACACAUGGAAAGAUUAGCUGUUAAAAAUGAUAAAGCACAGCAUUUUAGACAGUUUCAUGGACCAAUUGAUGGUAGUGAAAAUUUAUCUGUUAUCGAUUAUCCUUUUCUUAAUCAAUUGAUAAUCGUUGAUGUUCAUGAUGAUUAUAUAGAACAAUUUCUACUUCAUUCAAGAGCUUGUUUUCAAGGUACGACUCUUUUUGUCAAGUAUACGUCUUUAGAACGAGUGACGCGUCAUUUCACAAGAGAUGAAACACGAAUUAAUUGUGCUAAAAUAAAUAAAUUGGUUUUAUAUGGUGAUACAAAACGAUCAAGUUGUUUACAGGAAUAUUUUCCUCAUGCACAAAUCUGUUAUCGACGAAUAUUUUGA